UUCACAAACAGGAAGAUAAAGUUGAAAAAUGGUCGCAUACGGGAAAGCAGCUCUGUUGUACACCAUCAUCUGGUUUUGCCUGAUUUUAGGUGAUGAGUGUAGGAAAGUAACUGGUCAGACUGGUGGAUCUGUUAUUAUUCCAUUUCAUUAUGAAAGUAUAUACACCCAACACCAGAAAUACUGCUGCUAUCAAUCAGGAGCAGCUUCCAAGUUCUGCUCUGUUCUGGCACACGCAAAUGAAACUAAAGGAGAUGUGUCAGUAAUUGAUUAUCCUGAUCAGAGAUUAUUAACUAUCACUUUGAGAGACCUGCAGCAUCAAAACACUGGAGAUUACUGGUGUGGUAUGUCAAUUAAAGAUGGUGAUGAUGUGAUAGAGUUGUGUUAUAUCACAAUCCAAUCAGCUCCUGAUGUCUCUGUGAUCUCCAGCAGUUUGACUGCAGAUGAAGGUGGUAAUAUCAGUGUACAGUGUCUCUACAGCAUUAAAUAUAAGAAUAACACCAAACAGUGGUGCAGAUAUAAAGACAAGAGAUGUUACACAGUGGGAAGAUCUGACACAUCCCAGUAUUCAGUUGAGAUCAGUGAUGAUGGGAAAGGAUCUUUGACUGUGGUGAUGUCUGGACUGAUGAAGAGUGAUUCUGGCUGGUAUUACUGUUCUGUAGGAGAUCUACAGGCUCCUGUUCAACUCACAGUCAAUGCUGCCACAUGGCCCAUUUCUGUCUGUCUCAAGCCCAGAUAAAUUCACAAGCUGUUCUCAACAUUGACCUAAAGGAUGAUUAUGUUUAGAUAAAUAACAGAAUCACCAGGUUCUCAGCACACUCUCCUGCAACGAGCACAAUCACCAGAGUAUUAAUUCACUAUCACCCGUCCCUCAUUAUCAGCGCACGCUACUUAUGCUCCACACUCCCUCAAAAUCACUGUCUGGUCAUGUUGACACAUACCAAUCAUUGCAUGUGUAUUGUGGAUACUUACCUGAGUUUACUUACCUAUCUGAAGAUCUGAAAGUCCAUUCAUCGUCCUAUGGUCUUUAUUGUCAUCAUAGCCUGAUACCUGCAAGAAUGGAAAGUUGUUUGUCUCUUAUCUGUGAUUGUCAAGUGUAAAUGUGUGGAGUUAUUUGUUAUCAUCAUCCAUAUCCUCUACAAUAUCCAUUUCAUCCUUCUGUCUUAUGCUCAUGUUUUAAUAAAUACUUACUUUUA